CUGCCCUUUACAAGAUCCAAGUCUACAGGGGUCAGUCUAAUCACCAACAGACUUGAAGAGGCAAGAUGGGAAUCCGUCUCAAAUAUCCUACCCAAAGGUGGAACCAUACUUGGUACAACACGUUGUGAGGCUUUUAAAGCGAAGGAAGAGCGUACGAAGGCUGCUCUCACACUGCACACACACAAGAUCUACCAUCUGGCGUGCAUAGGCGGUGAUGGAUCCUUGACCGGCCUGAAAAUCUUCAGAGAUGAAUGGGAAUCAUUAACAGCGGAACUGCUCAAAUCAGGAUCAAUAUCGAAAGAACAAGCCGAGCAAGGGAAAAUUCUGAGGGUUGUUGGUAUUGCAGGAACCAUCGACAACGACUUCUUUGGAACCGAUCGCACGAUCGGUUUUGACUCGGCAAUGGCUCGUGUGACUGAAUGCGUCGACAACCUUACGGCUACAGCUAUGAGCCACCAACGAGCAUUUAUUGUGGAAGUUAUGAGCCACGAAUGCGGAAGCUUGGCACUCACCGCUGCGCUAGCAUUGGAAGCCGACUUUGUCUUCAUUCCUGAAAUACCACCUCCUGACAAUUGGCCGGAAGUGCUGUGCGCUCAUCUUCACAGAAAACGUAAGGCUGGUAGCCGUCUGAAUCUCGUAAUCAUCGCUGAAGGAGCUACCGACGCUGCGGGAAAGCGAAUCAACAGCGACGAGGUUAAGAAGAUUAUAGAAGAUAAACUGAAGUUUGAAGUUAGAGUCGCCUCUCUCGGCUAUUUGCAACGAGGGGGUGCUCCGAGUUUUCUCGAUAGACUUCUGGGCUGUCGAAUGGGAUCCGAAGCUGUGAAUACCUUGUUAAGCAGUGACCCCAAGUCUCCGAAGUUGUUGUGCCUGAAAGGUGAAUGUUUCUGGUUACAAUAUUCUUGUGCCGUGCGAGGNCCUCGCACGGCACAAGAAUAUUGCAAUCAUUGGUACAGGAGUAAACAUCCUCUUUGUUUUCAGCUGAUCGCCGAGCCGCCCAGCUUCUUCUUCGGGGUAGCAAGAAAUUUUGCAGUUAUUCAUGUAGGAACCCCUGCUGCUGGGAUGAAUUGCGUAACACAUGCUUUCGUCCGAAUUGCAAAUCAUUCGAAAUACAAUGUGUUUGGAAUCGAACGAUGCUGGGAAGGCCUUUCUGAAGGAAGAUUCAGGGAACUAAAUUGGGGCAAUGUUACUGGAUGGAUGUAUCGUGGAGGAUCAGAACUUGGCUCGAAAAAACAACUACCUACUGAUAUUGAAAAACUUUCAUCUGCUCUAAGAGAACAGAAUAUUGAGGGAUUACUGAUUGUGGGAGGAUUCGAGGCUUUUCAAUCUGCUAUAAUCCUGAACGAGGCUCGAAACAGUUACUCAGCUUUCGACAUCCCAAUGGUUGUCGUGCCUUGUUCUAUUGCCAACAAUGUACCUGGGACCUGUAACUCUCUCGGUACAGACACAGCGCUUAAUGAGAUCUGUCGUCAGGUGGACAAUAUACAACUGAACAGUAUUUUCAGAGUUGUAAUCGUGGAAACGCAAGGAGGACGAUGUGGUUUCCUGGCUGCUAUGACAGCUAUGGCAACGGGUGCUGAUCAA